AUGCCAAGCAAGCUAAGGAAGGCAAUUGGAGCAGUGAAGGAUCAAACAAGCAUAAGUCUAGCCAAAGUUACAAAUGCAGCGAAUCUUGAAGUGAUCAUCCUAAAAGCCACAACCCAUGAUAAGAAUCCGAUUGAAGAGCGUUAUGUGAAUGAAAUUUUGAGCAUUGUAUCCUCAAACAAAGUCUAUGCAGCUGCAUGCGCCCACUGCAUAGGCAAACGCAUUGGCAAGACCCGCAAUUGGGUUGUUGCCAUCAAAUCUCUCAUGCUUGUCCUUAGAAUUUUUCAAGAUGGUGAUCCAUAUUUUCCCAGGGAAGUCUUCCAUGCAAUGAAGAGGGGUGCCAAAAUCCUCAACCUUUCAAGUUUCAAAGAUGAUUCAAAUUCUAGUCCUUGGGAUUACACUGCAUUCAUUAGGACAUUUGCUUUGUACCUUGAUGAACGCUUGGAUUGUUUCCUAACCGGAAAGCUUCAACGCCGAUUCGCUUAUAAGAUUUGGUUUCAUGAGAAUAAUCAAAGGAACAAGGCAUCAAAUGAGCCAGGUAUCAAAGACAUGAAACCUACAAUGGUGCUUGAUAGAAUUGAACAUUGGCAAAGGUUAUUGGAUAGAGCUAUAGGCACAAGACCAACUGGGUCAGCCAGGACAAACCGUUUGGUUCAAAUUUCUCUCUAUGCUAUUGUGCAAGAAAGCUUUGAUCUAUACAGAGAUAUCUCUGAUGGCCUUGCUGUUGUCUUAGAUAACUUCUUCCAUUUGUCCUUUUCAGCAUGUGCUGCUGCAUUCAAUGUUUGUGUUAAAUCCUACAAGCAAUUUGAUGACUUAUCUGCUUUCUAUUCCUUUUGUGCAAACAUUGGGGUUGGCAGGUCCUAUGACUACCCAAGGGUUCAAAAGGUUUCUGAAGAACUUAUGGUGACAUUACAAGAGUUCUUAAAGGACCAAGCUUCAUUUCCUACCAGUAAUGGUUCAAAACACUCCCCCUUUCCUGUGCCAAAACACCCUAUGAGUUCAAGUUCAUCCCAAGAUGAAGCUAGUGAAAGAUAUGGGACAGUUGAAAAGUAUUUUGAAACUGGAUCCGAUUUUGGGUCUCGGUGUACAUCAUUGGAAGAUCUCAUGUGUACUACUGAUGUUGCUACAAGUCCUAGGAGAUCUUUUGAACAAGAAAUGUAUUCUGAGCAUUCAGACCAUGAAGAAUCACAAUGUGAAGAUUAUGCUAGUGCAAAUGGUUCUGGCUCUGCCAAAUCAUUACCAGCUGAUCAAACAUCAAGGUCCAGUUUGGAUGUGGUAAGUUUUGAUGAAUGGCAGCAGGAGCUGCAACAAAAUCAAACAAAUGAAUGGGAGCAGCAAAACACAAAAGCAUGUUCCGACAAUAACUCCAUAGAUUGUUGGGAGUUAAUGUUGGCUGAGACAGUAACUGCACCAACUGAAACAUCAUCCGAAUUGGCAAAUGGGUUUGACCCAUUUGUCACCUCAUUUGAUGAAGCCUCAGGACCUCAACACAAUUACAAUCCAUUCUUGGAUGACACAGAUGCUGGUCCUCCUCCUACCACCACCAGUGAUGGUUUCUGUGAUGUUUUUGAUGUGGCACCAACAUUUAAAGCAACAACCUUUUAUGCUCAAGAUCCUCUGGCAUCAACCUUCUCUGAUCAAUGUUCUAGUUCCACAGCAAAUCUUGAUAUACUUUUUGGUGACAUAAAUCCAAAUGAGACAAUAGUGGAGCCAACUUUCAGAGCUCAAGGUUUCUCUGCAGAGACCAACAUGAUAGUGCCACCAACUUUUAAUUCUAGAACUUCUGAUAACAUGAUUGCAGCACCAAGUUUUCAAUCUCAAUGUUCUUUUAAGAAUGAUUCAACGCCAACUUUCAGAGCUCAAGGUUUCUUUACAGAGACCAACAUGAUAGUGCCACCAACUUUUAAUACUAAAACUUCUGAUAGCAUGAAAGCAGCACCAAGUUUUCAGUCUCAAUGUUCUUUUAAGAAUGAUUCAACGCCAACAUUUCAAGUGCAUAAUUCAAAUGUUGAUGCAACAAUGGAAACACCAACUCAUAGUGCUCCUCAAAAUCCUAACUUGAGUAUAAUUCCCCUGCAAUUUCAAGCACAAAACUUUGAUGAUUCAACAGUGAGACCAACUUUUAGCACAAAUGAUUGCAAUUGGUCAACAUUGGCAACACCCACAGAGGAUGAUCCCUUUGGACCAUGGCCUAGUGCAAAUACCCAUGAACAAACACUAAAUGUGCCAGUGCAAGAGGAAAUUUUGCUGUGGCAACAACUUUGGUUGGAGCAACAAAACAAGAUCAUGCGAAACAUUUGA